GAUCCCUUAAAAAAAAAGGGCCAGAGCUUCUUUCUCUCUAUAAACCCCCCCAAUUACGAUACCUUCUCUUCCAAAAUUCUGAGCUCUGCAAAAAAAAAGCUUGUUCUCUUCAUCAAUGGAGGAUUACGACUACCAGAGGAACUUCAUCCCUACCUUCGGAAACUGGGAAUGGAACGACCAUCUCCCUUUCACGCAGUGCUUCGAAGCUUCCAGAAUCGCCGGAUAUCCCGAUGUUCGCGAUCUCUACGUCGCCGGCGAUCUCUACCAAAACGACGUCGUUACUCCCGCUAUGAUCGUCGUUCCGCGCCCCAGGAGAAAGCGUGACAGACAUGGGAAGCAAGAAAAGCAGCAAAAGUGGACCGAAAGCCCUCCUCAAGUAACACUGCACCCUCCAAAGCCAAUGCCCAAACCCGUCGACGAAGACUUGUACAAAAUCUCUCCCAAUCCCUGCGCCAAGCCCAAAAAGAAGAGAGGAUUGAGUUACAUAACGAGCUGCUUCGUGCCAACGUGUUUGAUUUGAAGACGACGAGGAAGAGAGAGCGAAAUGGUCAACGGUGACGAGGAAUGUAUAUUUGAAAAAAGAAAAAAAAAACAAACCGUACAUAAUGUUUUGGGAUGUUUGGUUAUUAGAUUAAUGUGAUGUUUUUAUGUUUUAUAUAUAUAUUUUGAAGAAAAAUAGAUUUUUUUUUUUAUUUUUAAUUUUGGGAGUGUGUUUUUUAAUUAGAGGAGAGAGGGGGAGAGCUAUUUGUACAAGGUUCUUCCAUUGGUUACUAUGCUAUGACCUAUCAAUGAAUGUCUUUGUGCUUCUUCUUUUCUCA